GCACGUGGGUCAAUGAAGUCCGCCUCCAGCCGGGCAUACAGUGGGAGCUCUCAGACGGCGACACGCUGAUCUUCGGAGGCCAGACUGAUCCAGGGAACCCGGAGUUCUACUUCCUCUUCCAGAAGGUUAAAGUUCGCCCGCUGGACUUCGAUGCAAUCACGCUUCCAAAAGCGGGAACCUUCUCGUCCGACUUGCAGAACAGGAUUAGGACCAGCUUGGACCGCAAGGUAGCUGCCAACCUGGACCUUUCGAAGCUGUCCAUCAACAGAGCCACGGUCAUCCUCAACUCCAUCGGCAGCCUGAGUAAGAUGAAGGGCAGCGCCUGGACCUUCAAGAGGAGCCACAGCCACGGGGGAACCGUCUCUGACCCCGGCACCUCGACCUCACCUCCUCUUGCCGUGGGCUUUUCCUCUCUGCUCCCGCACUCCAGUCCUCCAUCAUUCACCUCUGCAGCUUCACUGCCUCAGACGAAGGCCCUCCCGCAGACCUCCAGGAGCAGGAGGAAGUCGGCUCACACGGUGCUGCUGGAGGACGACAGCUCUGACGAGCCCAGAAGUCGAGGAGUUUUGGCAGGAGUUGUGGAGGAUGGACAGAGAGCGCGGGGGAAGAAGAGGCGGAGGCUCUACAAGUCUGAAUCUGAAGGUUUCAGCUCGCCGCCUCCUCCUCAGCUGCAGCCCAAAACUCACAGCGACAUCCGCAGGCCGCUGGAGGCCAAGCCCUUCCCCGUCGGUAUCCGGACCAUCGGCAGCUUCCACGGAGCCAUGACAAACAGCAGACUCAACGAGCACCUCUUCCAGGCGUCCUUCACAAGCAAACAAGAGGCGGAGAAGGUGAACAGAGUCAAGACGGUGGUGCACGGAAACAUCGCGGCCUUCCGCCAGCAGAAGCCUGCCCAUUGCUCCCCGACCGCAGCGAGAGGGAGGCGGAGGGCUAACAGCUCCCCCGUAUUCUCCCCGUUGGUGGUGGGAGGGGAGAACUACAACCUGGCCUCGCCGUCGGUGAGGAUCCGCGCAGACGAGAGAGUUAGCGUGCAGUUCAACCGAUUUCAUCAUCCAACAGGUAAGCGACGCGGCCGCCCCAGGAAACACCCCCUCCCCCCACGGCCUUCCCUGCCCUCUCCGUCCUCCUCGUCUUCAUCCUCUACCUCCUCGGCCUCCUCCUCCUCCGGCUCCUCCUCUUCCUCCUCGGACGAGGACGAAGACGACGAGGAAGAGGACGACGUGAUGGUUGGCACGGUGGAGCCGUGCGCGGCGCCGCGGUGCCGGCUGCCCCAGCAGGACACGGUGCAGUGGAUCCAGUGUGACGUGUGCGACGCCUGGUACCACAUAGACUGUCUGCACGUCGACCGCAAGAAACUCCUGAUGGACCCCAACGCUGACUUCCACUGCGGCUGUCGCUGACGGCAGGGAAGCCAAAUUCUGGAUGAUUAAAUGAAAUCAAAAGCCUCACUUUGAACUUUAAAGCUGACACUUUCCCCUCCUUAAACGCUUCUUUUCCUUCAGUCAUAAAGUGGAAAUUAAGAUUUUUGCCUUUGAAGACAGGCUGCGACUUCAUCUAAUGACCGCUGAGCCGCUCUGCACGAGCAUGCGGCGCUUUUCUCUCGCCUCAAACACGGCUGUUAAUUCAAGAAAAGAAUUUCCUUUGAUAUUUUUUACAUCCCGAUUUUACAAAGUUUGAGCAUUUGUGACCCGACAGUAACGGAGUUACUCCACGAACCUGGAGCUCACUCAGCCUCAGAGCUUAGGCUUUUGGAGGAGGAGGCAAAACUCUAAUGAAAUGUCUCAGUUUGGAUUUCAUUAUGGCUUUGACUGCCUGGAGAGGCGCAAUCAGAGCAGGAAAACACAAUGUUUGAGCACAGCUGUCCAGGGAGCGAACUGCAUUCAGGAAAAUUCAGGCCAUUGCUGGACUCUAUAAAAAGCUCUUUAACGUCCUAAAUCUUGUUCCGCUGCCACCUUCACAAUUUCAAAGCCAUUAAAAACAAUGUUGCUAGGUAAUCAGACUUCAUUAGAGAUUUGAGUGCGGCUUUCUUGAGUGGUAGCUGCUGUGUAGGAGUAGAUCUGUAAUCAUUCGACGUGAAAUGCCAAGAAAUGUGUCAGCAGACUCGUGUUGACGCUGCUGAUGAGAAGUGCUCCUGGGAUGCUAAUCAAAUGUUUGAAGGCACUUCUGUAGCAGCAGCUGCUGGUUUCUGGGAUGUUUGUGACUGAGUGCAGGCUGGCAGUGUGGCUGCUGCUGAAGGCAGGACUCAUUACCAGUCAGAUGUCAUGUCGUAUAAUCCGCUGAUGUAACAGGAAAAAACAGACUCGUAAAAAUGAUCUCGUCGCCUCUGACUGGUGGGAUGAGUUUUGAUGUCACAGAUGAUUUUUAGGGUCGUCUCUUCAGCUCUGCUUCCACUUUCAAGAGACUCUUCACACUACUGAACUCUGUGGCCAAAAUGGGUGCUUCAGUCCUGAGUGAAAAGUGCUGGACCUGACUGAACUGUCUCUGAACAGCAGACAUCUUCACUUCGGUGCUGCGUGUGAGUAUGAAAUCAAAGUGUGGAACGCCAAAAUCUUUCUCAAGCACCUUGCUUUUUAUUUAAUUCCAAAUUUCUACAUGUUCUGGCUCAUCUGGAGUGGAAACGUCCUCUUUUUCCCACUCAAAUCUGCUCCACUCUUACAGUCUUUAUAAUGGCUCCAUCUCUGUUCACGUGCGAUAUGAUAGUGUUGUAAUGAAAAGUCUGCUGGUGUUUUAUGUGUUUUUUCCCCCCUUUUAUUGUACCACAAAUGGGAGCGCUGCAGCGAGCUUAAACUGGGAAAAUUUCAUUUUUUUGAGCAAUAACAUCAAAAACAGGAUGAUAAAAAUACAGAAAUAUAUAUAUAUUACAUGCUAAAGUCGAUAAAGGUUGAUGUGGAGUGCAACAUUGAUUGCUUGCAGUUCACUUAACCUGGAUUUUGUCAGUUUCACUGGUGCUUGGACGCUGACACAGCCUCUCUUGCUGCUUUGCUAAUUGUCAGAAAUCCAGCAGAUGCUUGAGGGAAAAAUAUAUUUGUGUGUGUAUAUAUUAAAAAAAUCUUUGCACUGAUUUAUCACUUCAUUCUCAAUUCAGUGGAUUAGUUAAAAAAGAAAUCCAAGCAUCUUAAUGUGCGCAAACUGUUUUUAGUAGUUUGAGUAUUUUUGUCCGUUUUAAUGUUCAACAACAUAUCACAAUAAAAUGAGUUUCUGAAAGACCUGAGGUUUUUUCACGCUGCUGCAAUAAUACAAUAUUAGUUAUACACAGAUUAACAAUAUGACCUCGUGUGAAAUGCAAGGUUUUUGUUUAACAGUCAUAAAAAUAAAAGGUUUGUUCUUU